AUGGCAUGCGGCCUCCCUCGCGGCAGCUGGGUUCGCCCGCGGCAGGGCAAAAGCGCCCACCUGGCCUGCCUCCCGCCAGAAAUCGUCUGCAUGAUUGUCCGGCAGCUCCCCUUGGCAGGGGACAAGGCGGCCCUCUACAGGACCUGCGCGGCGCUCCACAUCGCCCUGGUGGAGGAGGAGCUCUUCCGGCACCCGGAGCCCGGGGACGUCAACGAUAUUCUCAACUGGGCUGUGGAGAGGGCGUGUCUGCGGACGGCGCGGAGGGCGGUCGCGUACGGCGCCGACGCCGAGGCGUCGAGGAGGACCGACCGCGAGACGCCGCUCAUGACGGCGUGCCGGGGCGGGAACCUCGACAUGGUCAGGCUGCUCGUGGAGGCGGGCGCGGACGCCAAUAACCGGUUCAGCCGGGACGGGAGCACGCCGGUCGUGCUGUCGGCCGGGGCGGCGCACGACGAGGCCGUCGUCUUCUUGAUGGCUCGCGGCGGGGAUCCGGCGAGGCGCAAUCGCUACGGGGAGACGGCGCUUCACCUCGCCGCCAGGAAGGACAACCUCGGCCUGGUGCGGGUUCUGCUCGCGUCGGGCAGGGUGGACGUGAACGCGGCGUCGGUGACGCGGUCCACGCCGCUUCUCGAGGCGAUCCAGGUUGGGAACAUGCAGAUGGUGGAGGUGCUGCUUGAACACGGGGCGAGCGAAGAGAUUUACGAGUUGAACGGUGGUUUCGCGUUUACAAAGGCGCUCAGGAGCCGCGGUACGGGUCUGAUGAAGGCCUUGCUGGAGCUGCGCAUCUGUCCGGACGUCGCGGAUGCCAGGGGACGAACUGCGCUGUCUUGGGCGGCCGAGUAUGGGCAUGCGAUGCAGGUCGAGAUGCUGCUUGAUUCUGGCGCGCGCGUCGACACCCAGGAUGUGCAGGGCAAAACACCACUCAUGUAUGCCGCCGCGGAGGCGAGGAUUCAGGUCAUGGAGACGCUACUUGAUAGGGGGGCGAGCUUGGCCAUUUCUGACAGAUACGGCAUGAAGGCGGCUUGUCAUGCCGUGCAGUCUGAGAAUUGGCAGAGCGUGGGACUCAUUCUUGACCGUGGAGAAGAUGUUCUCUGUGGGGCUGGCAGAUGCGCUCGGCUGCUCUUGCAGAUGGCUGGGCAGAAGGAGAAUAUGGGUAUUGUAUGUUAA